GCCAGACUGUUUAUGACAGUAACAAUGGUAACAACUGUGACGACAGUAAACAUUUUUUUUAAUUUUAGUUGUUAAGGAGUCUAGUCUGGCAGUUUUGUUAUGGUUAUUUUUGGUAUCUACAUUGUAUCCAAGUCUGGAGGGCUCAUUUUCAAUUAUGAUAACAAUGUCCCGAAAAUUGAAAAAGAAAAGAAAUUUUCAUAUCCUCUGGAUAUAAAGUUGCGGGUGGAAAAUAAAAAAAUUGUUGUGGAGUUUGGAGAGAGGGAUGGAAUUCAUGUGGGCCAUGUGCUGUAUUCAAUAAACGGCAUUGGUGUGACUGGACAACAGAUGGAUGACGGUCAAGAUGCCCUGGAAUUUUUAAACAAAAAAGAAAAUUAUCCCGUAGUUAUAAAAUUUGGCAGGCCCAAAAUGACAACAAAUGAAAAAAUUUUUCUAGCCAGCAUGUUCUAUCCUUUAUUUGCUAUAGCCAGUCAGCUGAGUCCGGAACCGAAAUCGUCAGGAAUAGAAGUGCUGGAAGCAGAUACAUUCCGGCUUAAUUGUUUCCAAACUCUAACUGGGGUUAAAAUUAUGAUAGUCUCUGAUCCCAGCCAAACUGGAGUCGAAAUUUUACUGAAACGUUUAUAUGAAAUUUACGCUGAUUAUGCGUUGAAAAAUCCUUUUUAUUCGUUAGAAAUGCCAAUAAGAUGUGAACUCUUUGAUAAUAAUUUAAAAAGUCUUCUAGAACAAAUUGAAAAAGUUGGAAUAACUAAUAUAUAGUUGAAAUGAUAUUUAUCAGAAAAGUGAACUGUAUUGCCCAUGUUUGACUUGUUUCAGCUUCUAAAAAUGAUUGAAUCAUUCAUACGGGUUAGAUUUCAAUUUUCCUAUUCAACCAGGACAUAGGUGGUUGUUGGUAUUUUGAUAAAAAAAGAUGUAUUCUCAAGUUGAUAUGGAUUUCAUUUAAAUUAUUAUCAAUCUCUGUUCAUGAAACAAGUAUUUGUUUUUUUUUAAUUUUACUAUAAGGAAGUUUCAAAGAAAAUCAAUUCAUUUGAAUUUUCUUUUAUUCUAAAAGAGCUCUUCAUAUGUUUUUGUUUAUGUUUAAAUGAUUUCCUCGUUUGAUUGUUAACAUCAUACCUGAUUUGAGAAAAAAUAAAUAACCCAAUCAGUACCUAUA